AUGGCAGACGCCAGCCCUGAUCCAGAGCCCCAGCCCCAGCCAGAGUCAUCGUCCUCGGCUACGGACACGACCACUACGCCCAGUACACCUACAGCCACAACCACCUCUCCCACUACCAACACGGCUGCAGACACCACCCCAGCCUCAGCUUCAGCCUCAGCCUCAUCCCCGGCCUCAUCCACAGCCUCCGCUACGGCUUCUGGCCCGGCCACACCCACCGCUACAGCAGCCCCGGCCCCGGCCCCAGCCCCAGCCCCGGACCCAGAUGAAGACCUACCCAAUAUGAUCGUCUACAGGAAGUGUGAGAUGAUGGUGAUAGUCAGAAUUCAUUUGAACGCUGCUUUGUCCAUCAUCUGUAGGUUCCAGAUACUGCAGAUUGAGGACAUAGUCACCAGAAUACAGCAUGAGACAGAGGGCGUACCUAUCAGGACGGUGAAGAGCUUCCUGUCCAAGAUACCCAGUGUGGUCACAGGCGCAGACAUUGUCCAAUGGCUGAUGAGGAGCCUGGGCAUUGAGGAUCCAGCUGAAGCCAUCCAUAUCGGCAGCCUGAUCGCAGCCCAGGGCUACAUCUUCCCCAUCUCAGACCACGUGCUCACGCUGAAGGAUGAUGGCACCUUCUACCGCUUCCAGGCUCCAUACUUCUGGCCCUCCAACUGCUGGGAGCCUGAGAACACAGACUAUGCCAUCUACCUGUGCAAGAGGACCAUGCAGAACAAGACCAGGCUGGAGCUGGCGGACUACGAGGCGGAGAACCUAGCGCGACUGCAGAGGGCGUUUGCCAGGAAGUGGGAGUUUAUCUUCAUGCAGGCAGAGGCGCAGCUCAAGAUCGACAGGAAGAAGGAUAAGAACGAGAGGAAGAUCCUGGACAGCCAGGAGAGGGCAUUCUGGGAUGUCCACCGACCUGUGCCAGGGUGCGUGAACACCACAGAGAUGGACAUCAGGAAGUGCCGGCGCAUGAAGAAUCCACAGAAAGUGAAGAAGUCGGUGUACGGCCUCAACGAAGACUCGCAGUCUCAGAGUCCCGUCCACGCGCCCUCACAGCAGGGCCGGAAGGACACUAAGGAUGACGUCAAGAAAGAAAUUCUGUUCUUGAAUGCCCAGCUGGACCGACACUGCAUGAAAGUGUCCAAAGUAGCUGAAACUUUAAUUGGCUACUCGGAGCAGUAUUUGGACUACGACCCAUUCCUGACUCCACUGGAGCCGUCCAACCCCUGGAUCAGCGACGACCCCUCCUACUGGGACCUGGAGGCCAGUAAGGACCCCAGUCAGCAGCGUGUGAGGAAGUGGGGUUUCUCCAUGGAUGAGGCCCUGAAGGAUCCGGCGGGUCGAGACCAGUUCCUGCGCUUCGUCGAGUCUGAGUUCAGCUCGGAAAAUCUGCUGUUCUGGCUGGCCGUUCAGGACCUGAAGCGUCGCCCUCUGCAGGACGUGGGUGUCCGUGCGCAGGAGAUCUGGCAGGAGUUCCUGGCGGAGGGUGCGCCGCGCUCCAUCAACCUAGACUCCCACAGCUACGAGCGCACCAGCCAGAACCUCAAGGACCCUGGCCGCUACAGCUUCGAGGACGCCCAGGACCACAUCUAUAAACUGAUGAAGAGCGACAGCUACGCACGAUUCCUCCGCUCCAACGCCUACCAAGACCUCCUGCUGGCCAGAAAGAAGCUGGAGACUGAACAAGGUCGGCGAACAUCACUGGAGAAGUUCACUCGUAGUGUGGGCAAGUCUCUGACAGGGAAACGUCUUACGGGACUCAUGCAGUCCUCUUGACCAGGGUUGGCCACCGCCACCACCACUGAGAAGGAGAAGAAGGAUGAUGGGGACUCGCCAAGAGCCUCCAGAGAGAUGCCCUGCACAGCCACUGCCUGACAGAGAUGCCAAAGCAC